UUAAAAAGUGGGGAGGAAGUGAGUAAAGUUUCUCUAGUCCUCAGAGAGUGUCUAUGAGCCCUAGUGGUAACACCAACAUGAAGAAGACCUGGCUUGCAAUUGUUUGCCUGCUUGCAGCUUUAAACUUCUGCAACGGGCAGUUCCCAAGGGCCUGCACCUCAGUGGAUGUUCUGCUAAGCAAAGAGUGCUGUCCUUUUUGGCCUGGUGAUGGUUCUCCUUGUGGAGUAAACUCAGGCAGGGGGGUAUGUCAAGAUGUUGUCAUAUCUAAUAAGACUUUGGGUCCUCAGUUUCCAUUUAGUGGCGUAGAUGACAGAGAAAACUGGCCCAUUGUGUUCUACAACAGGACUUGUCAAUGCCAAGGCAAUUUCAUGGGCUACAACUGUGGUGAAUGCAAGUUUGGUUUUAGUGGGCCCAAUUGCUCAGUGAGACGACUAAGCAUCAGGAAGGAGAUCUUCAAGAUGACCACGCUUGAGAGGAACAAAUUUAUUGCUUACCUGAACCUGGCCAAACGGACUAUUAGCGCCGAUUAUGUAAUAGCCACUGGGACCUAUGCACAGAUGAACAACGGAUCCAACCCACUGUUUGCUGAUAUUAAUGUGUAUGACCUAUUCGUCUGGUUACAUUAUUAUGCCUCAAAGGAUGCCUUCCUAGAUGGAGAUAUAGUGUGGAGAGACAUUGACUUUGCUCAUGAAGCUCCAGCCUUCAUCCCCUGGCAUAGAUUCUUCUUACUGCAGUGGGAACGUGAGAUCCAGAAGAUGGCUAGAGACGAGAACUUUACAAUUCCUUUCUGGGACUGGAGAGAUGCAGGCAACUGUGAAGUUUGCAUUGAUGAGCUGUUAGGAGCAUCGCAUCCUUCAGUUCCAGAUAUUCUCAGCCCAGCUUCAUUCUUCUCCUCCUGGCAGGUUGUGUGCAGUCAGCCUGAAGAGUACAACCGCUUGAAAACCUUAUGCAAUGGUACAAAUGAGGGUCCUUUGAUUCGUAACCCUGGAAGUCACGAUAGAAGCAGGGCACCGAGAUUGCCUUCGUCUGCAGAGGUUGAGUUUUGUGUAUCAUUGACAAAUUAUGAUACCGAACCCAUGGAUCGAUCUGCCAACUUAAGCUUCAGGAAUACGUUGGAAGGUUUUGCUGACCCACGAACAGGAUUUGCUAACAGAUCAAUCAGCAGCUUACAUAAUUCUCUGCAUAUUUUUAUGAAUGGCUCUAUGUCUUCGGUUCAGGGAUCUGCUAAUGACCCAGUCUUUGUUCUUCAUCAUGCUUUUGUUGAUAGCAUAUUUGAGCAGUGGCUCAGAAGACAUCGUCCUGCACUAACAGUUUACCCAGAAUCCAAUGCACCAAUUGGACAUAAUCGUGACUACUAUAUGGUUCCUUUUAUUCCAUUAUAUACAAAUGGAGAAUUCUUCACUGCAUCAAGAGAUUUAGGAUAUGACUAUGACUAUUUGGCAGAAACAGGUUCUGUUGAAAAUUUCCUUAUGCCUUACCUAGAGCAAGCUCGGCAAAUUUGGCCAUGGCUUUUAGGAGCGGCUGUGGUUGGUGGUUUGAUUACUGCGUUGUUUGCUUCACUCGUUUCUUUGGGUUGCCGGAGAAAAAAACAAAAAUCCAAGUCAGAAGAGACACAGCCACUUCUUAUGGAAGCUGAAGACUAUCAAAGCACGUAUCAAUCUAACCUAUAGCAUAAAAAUACAAUGCACUAAAUUUAAAUAUAUUAUAUCAGGGCACUAAUUUUAUUGGUAUAUAACCUGCCCUGAUAUUCAGUUCAUACAAAGCCCUGUAUGUCUCCCCUGUAAAAGUGGAAUACUUGAGUAAAUUUUAAGACUUUUAAAGGUUUUAGAGGAUGUGCACCUCAACCAAUCAUUCUGAAAAACAUGCUUAAUUAGGGCCCUGGUUUUAUCAGUUAAUCUUAAUGUACAGAAUGUUCAGUGAAGUCUUAAAAAAACAAAAAAAAACUAAAAAAAACUUUCAAGUAUCAUGCAUUUAAAAGUCUAUAAUAUAUGUGUAUAGCAUAUAUAUCAAAUGUGAAAAACUCCUGAAAUGUUGGUCAUAUGACCAAAAAAAUAAACCACCCUUUUUGGGGGAAAUGGAUAAA